AUGCCCCGCUCCGUCCUCAUCACCGGCUGCAGCGCGGGCGGCAUCGGAUCCGCCCUCGUGGAAGAGUUCCACGCAAAGGGUCUCCAUGUCUACGCGACGGCGCGGUCCAGAGCCAAAAUGAGCCACCUGGAGAAGCUGCCCAAUGUGACGAUCCUUGAGCUGGAUGUCGCUUCUGGAGAGAGUAUCGCGGCCGCCGUUGAAACCGUCCGAAAUCAAUCUGGGAAGCUGGACAUACUCGUCAACAACGCUGGUCAGUCUCUGGUUUUUCCAGCCCUGGAGACGAGCAUCGACGAUGCGAGGCGUGUUUUCAACGUCAAUUUUUUCGGUGUGAUUGCUGUUACACAGGCGUUCGCUCCGUUGGUCCUUGCCGCCAAGGGCAUGGUUGUGAAUGUUUGUUCGAUUUCGGGGUUUUUGUAUGCGCCGUGGAUGAGUGUAUACAAUGCAUCCAAAGCCGCUCUGAUGCAAUGGAGUGAAACAAUGCGGUUGGAACUGCAGCCGUUUGGUGUCAAGGUUAUUUCUCUUGUUACUGGAUCCGUCGCGACAAAUGUCAUGUCCCAUGCCAAUCUGGGCUUACCUGAGAACUCACUCUAUCAUAAGGCUAUCGAGGAGAUUCAAAAGCGCGGAGUUGGUGAAGAUGUGCAGACAAAGAGUGCGGCAGCCAUCUUUGCAAAGGACGUGGUCAGGGAUAUCUUGGCUGGUGCCUCUGGUCCUAUAUGGCGGGGAGCGUUGACCUCGAUGGUGAACUUCAUGUACAGAUUUGUACCUACAGCACUCUUGGAUCUUGCAAUGAAGACUGGGACAGGCAUUGAUCGUUUGCCUUGA